AUUCACUCUAUCAAUCCGUUGGAACUUGAAUAACUUUCUUAGUUAAGCUAAUAUCUUUCUACUCGGAAAUAUAUUCAAUCGAUCUUUUCUUAAUGCACUAAAACUCACUCGAUUCAUGUCGGCCUUACGGCCAUGGCCACGCCGCAGUUACAAUCAUGGAACCCCCUUCAAAGAAAAUACGGCUUGGCCAAGCCCCUUACGAUAACGACGACAACGAUGAUGAAGCAAAUUUGGAUGAAUUAUCUAUGACCCCAAAUCAAUUUGAUGCAAGACAAGAUCCCCUAUAUGAACUUGACAGGGGGCGAGCUAAGGCAGCAACAAGACUCAAGUCAGCUUUUGAACGCAUAUUCGAAAAGUAUGAGAGGGAUUUCACUGAUGUCGGCGAUGAGAUUGACCUUGAGACUGGUGAGAUAAUCGUUAAUAACGGACAUCUUCAGUCUCUUGAAGAUGAGAAAGAUCGCACUAGGGAAGGCUCAAUUUCUAGUAAUGAGGAAGAAAGGAUCAUGAGAGGAAAGGAAACCAGCUCGGCUUCGAAUUCACAUCCUAAAUCAGUGGUACAAGCCAAUCCAUCUAUGCAUAACGCUUCGCACGGAUUUCAUCCGGGAUUCAACCAACCCAAUAUGGCUACUGGAUUUUAUCACCAACCACCACCAUUCGGAAUGGGUACGGAUCCAUUCGGAUAUCCUAAUCCGUUCAUGUUCGGGCCGCCUAUGUUCGGCAAUGCGCCGGUCGAUCCGCUCUGGCAAACCCCUGAGGUCUCAACGAAUCCGUAUCAAAAUAGAUUCAACUUCAUGGGACAACCUAUGGAACAAUCGAUGGGAUUUCCACAUUCAUUUGGGCACGGGCCAAUGUUCACAGGACCAAGCUAUGGCAGCUCCUUCAAUGGGUUUUCCCAUCGUCCAUUGUCAAAGAAACUCCCUUGUGCGAAACCUUCAGGACAGAAACUCCUACUUCGUGCAGCGUCAGCCGAUGAUGACUCUGAAGAAGAUGAUAUUUUACUAGGCGGCAGUACCCAAAAGGUCAUAAAAAUUGCGUCUACGGAAGAUAGUCAGCCCCCAGCACCGGCUACUAUAGCUGAAAUAUCAAAGCAAGUAAAUCGGGAAGAUAUUGAACAAACAGCUACUCCCGUACUUGAACAGGAUUCUCAAAAAUCACGCCGCGGGCCGGGCCGGCCAAAGAAGACAGCCACACAAGACAAACCACCGGAGUCUGAUGGCAGAGCGCCUGGGAAUGGCGAUGAAAACACGGAAACCAGCAAAAGUCCAGAGCCCACCCCCACAGUUGAGCCAAUAGCUGCAUCACCCUUACCAUCGCCACCAGUGGAAGGGGAAUCUAUCUUGGCAAGACAGAUUGCUGCGAAAUUAGCCCAAAUCAAAGCCAAAAACCGGAAAGCACAGAUGAAAAGGUGCCAUCUCAGACCGGAAAUCAUCGACAUGCCUAAUGCCACAGAAGAGAUGGUUAAUGAAGGAUCUAGUAUAUUGCCUAUAGAAACGACCGAAUCUAGUAGAGAUCCUAUCGACCCUCUACACGAAAAAGUCGGGCAGUCCGACUCGUGUCUAGGAGUUGCGGAGGAUAUUAACGUAGAUGCGCAUGUAGAUACUGAUACCAACCCUGACCAAGAAAACCACAAAGAAUUGCCUCUGAACGAAGGGGACGAAGACAGGAGUGCGAGAGCGCGAAGUGAUUCGACCGACUUUCAGUCCGCCCUCACAGAGCAACUGGAAUCUUUGUUUUCAGAUGGCGAAACCAAUACAAAGGAGACGGAAGAAUCUUCUGAAGACAAUGAGACAAUUUUACCUAGUGAACCUGGCCGGUCUGACGGCUUGGUAGACGAGGAAGAACCACAUCACAAACCAGAAGAUUUGAGUCUUGAUACUCACUCUCAUCAAAGAGACAACGAGGACGUUGAUUCUCAUAUUAACCAUAUAGAAGAGCCGAGUAAUACAAUAGAGGUGGAAUACGAUACCGUCGAUAAUGAAAACCUAAGCGCUACAAAGGAUAUAGAGAAGUCUCACAUUGUAUUAGACGAUACCCAAGAAGCUGCACAGGAUUCAAAUGAAUCGGUAGAGUCGGAAGAGACCCUUCCUCCGUUACCCGAUCCUAUACACGAAGAGAGACAGUCUCCCGAACUCGGUAGCAUAGAACCAAUACCACCUGUGGAUAAUACAGCAAACGAACCAACCCCCGAGGAUCAAGCACUGGACUUACCAGGCGAAGAGGAAAUCAUGCCUCCACAAGUCCAAAAAGAAGCGUCACCACUCCGCUUAAAAAAGCGACCAUCCGCUAAGACAUCAGAAUUGCCCAUACGACCACCGCCCGCGUUACACGACUCUAGCUCAAAAACUAAGGACCUUCCCCCACCAACCACAAAACACAACGCCAACAUCAAAACCCCUAGAACACCUAAAAAACGGAAAGAACCGAGUGCUGCAUCAGAGCACAGGAGCAGCCCCAGCCGUACGCCAUCCACCAAAAGGAAGUCCACACUCACAUCGCUCGUCCCGGAUGAUCCCGACGAUGAUGACGAUGAGCUAAGCGUACUUUCAUCAAGUGCUGCGCCAAGCCCAUUCCGUUUCUGGCCUGCGCCCGUUCGUACUACCGCCACUUCAUCCGCACUGACCUCCACACCGCGUAAACCCAAUCGCAGACACAACGCACUCGUCACACCCCACCGCAUCAGCAAACGCACUGCGCCUCCAGCAACGGAUUCCAGAGCCGCGAUACGCGGUAAGAGACGCGGGUUCACUAGUAAUAGCGGUGGAGUGCAGAGUUCACCCUUGGCGAGGACGGUUAUGAAUAUGAAUGCCUCUGCAGCUAUCGCUGAAGGUGACGAUGACAUCCUAACUUCUACACCAUCGCGACGGAAGCGCGAUAGAGAUGCGAUGGCUCUAGAUAGCAGUCCCGUACGCACGCCCAGCGGUACGGCAGAGAAGUGUGGCGAGGAUGGGUAUGUGUGUGAUCGGGAUUUUUGCUUUACUUGUUGCAAGUAGUGUUGGCAGGCUAACUCCUGGCUAAUUGCUACGAGUACAACAUGGCUUGGUAUAAUAUAAUGAUGGACGCAUGGGGAUUCAUCAAAUCGAAGGGUUGGAUUGGAAUAAAGCUAGCAUUUUGAGGAAUUGCAUUAACGGGGCUGGAUGGGAGGGGAGCUACAUGAGAUUCAGGAGGUUCGUGGCUUGACCUUGAUAACUAUUACUGCGUAUAUAUACCUUAAACUUUAUAAUAAUGGCAUAAUGCUACAUUUAGCUAUA